AUGCCCAAAUCUGGGUUCACAAAAUCAGUUCAUAGUGAAAAUUCUGACAGUGACAGCAAUAUGGUAGAAAAACCAUGUGGAAGAAAGAGUAAAGACAAGAUUGCAUCCUAUAGCAAAACACCAAAAAUUGAUCGAGGUGAUGUGGUCAAGGAAAUGAAGGAGAAAUCAUCUAUGAAACGUAAGCUGCCUUUUACCAUUAGUCCAUCAAGAAAUGAAGAACGAGAUUCAGACACAGAUUCAGAUCCAGGACAUACAAGUGAAAAUUGGGGGGAGAGACUUAUAUCUUCUUACAGGACAUACUCAGAGAAAGAAGGUCCAGAAAAGAAGAAGGCAAAAAAAGAAGCUGCAAAUAAGAAAUCCACCCCAGUUAGCAUUCUCUUUGGUUAUCCACUCUCGGAACGAAAGCAAAUGGCACUUCUUAUGCAGAUGACAGCAAGAGACAACAGUCCAGAUUCUACACCAAAUCAUCCGUCACAAACGACACCAACUCAAAAAAAGCCUCCAAGUUCCUCAUCUCGACAAAAAGAUAAAGUUAAUAAGAGAAAUGAACGUGGUGAAACUCCUUUACAUAUGGCAGCUAUUCGAGGAGAUGUGAAACAAGUUAAAGAGUUAAUAAGUUUAGGGGCAAAUGUGAAUGUGAAAGAUUUUGCAGGUUGGACGCCCCUGCAUGAAGCUUGCAAUGUUGGAUAUUAUGAUGUUGCUAAGGUACUUAUAGCAGCUGGAGCAGAUGUUAACACACAAGGACUAGAUGAUGACACUCCACUCCAUGAUUCUGCUAGUAGUGGGCACAGAGAUAUAGUGAAACUAUUACUUCGUCAUGGUGGAAAUCCAUUUCAAGCCAAUAAGCAUGGGGAACGUCCAGUGGAUGUGGCAGAAACAAAGGAAUUGGAAUUACUACUCAAAAGAGAGGUGCCUUUAUCUGAUAAUGAUGAAAGCUGUACAGAUUCUGAAGAGGCUCGAUCUGUAAAUCCUUCCAGUGUUGAUGAAAAUAUUGAUUCUGAGACUGAGAAAGACUCUCUAAUCUGUGAAAGUAAACAGAUAAUUCCCAAUAAAGCAACUCUUCCAUCUGCUUUUGAUGAGUAUGAGUUCAAAGAUGAUGAUGAUGAUGAAGAAGAAAUAAAUAAAAUGAUUGAUGAUAAGCAUAUUCUUAGGAAAGAGCUACGGAAAGAGAAUGACUCUGAAAUAGAAAAGAACAAUUUAUUUACAAAACAGGAAAAAAAUUUCUAUCCUAAAUCAUUUAAAAGUAAAAAACAAAAAUCAUCUAGAGUUUUGUAUUCAAGUUCUGAAAGUUCAGAUGAAGAAGUUCUUCAGAAUAAAAUAGUUUCUUCUCCGUACUCUGCCCCGGAAACGUCAAGUUCUGACAUGCAAAACAGAAAGGAAUAUAUGGCAUCAAAUGAACACAAACAGAAAGGCAAAGUCAAAAGAAAAUUAAAGAACCAGGACAAAAAUAAAGAGAACCAAGAGUUGAAGCAGGAAAAAGAAGGAAAAGAAAACACCAAAGUGACAAACUCAACAGCUAGCACAGCAUUGGAUAUUUCAGAGAAGACCAGAGACAAAGGGAACUUUAAGAAGUCAUUUAGCCCAAAAGAUGAUACUUCAUUACAUUUAUUUCCUAUUUCCACUGGUAAAUCUACCAAACAUGCUUAUGGACUAAGUGAAAAGCAGUCUACACCACUAAAACAAGAGCAUACCAAAACAUGUUUAUCACCAGGAAGUUCUGAAAUGUCGUUCCAGGCUGAUCAUGCUCGGUAUGACAAUGCAGAAUCUGAAUUCCUGCCAGAGACAUCAAGUGUCAAAUCUUGUAAACAUAAGGAAACAAACAAGCAUCAGAAGGAUUUCCACUUAGAAUUUGAAAAGUCAAAUGCCAAGAUAAAAGGAGAAGAUCAUAGUCCAACAAUUGGAAAUUCAGGCUGCACACUGAAAAAAUUGGAUAAAGAAGGUAAAACACUAAAAAAACAUAAACUGAAACAUAAAGAAAAGCAUAAAAAAGAAACUGAAGGUGAAAAGGAAAAAUACAAACAUAAAGAUGGUAAAGAGCUGCAGAGAAAUGUGGAAUUUGAUAGAGAAUUUUGGAAAGAGAAUUUUUUUAAAAGUGAUGAAACUGAGGAUUUCUUUUUAAGUAUGGAACAUGAAACACUAAAUCUAGGGGAAAAAUUAAAGCUGGAAAAAAGCAUAAAAGAUGAUAGAUCUAACAAGGAAAAGCAUAUCUCAAAAGACAGAAACUUGAAAGAAGAGCGGGAAAAGGUCAAAAAAGAAAGUGAGAAAUAUUUUAGGGAAGAAAAAAUAAAAGAUUUCAAAGAUGAGAGAGAGACUUUCUCCACAGAUAAAGAAAUGGAAUUUAGUUCUUUGGAUAUAGGUGUCACAGAGGAAUCUAUAAAGUUACAUUUAAUAGAGAAGGAAAUAGACAUAGAAAAACAAGAGAAGCAUAUAAAAGAAGGUAAAGAAAAAUCUGAGAAAAAAUUUCAAAGUAAAGAAAAGGACUUUGAAAAGACUGAUAGAAAAAAUUCUGAAAAAGAGAAAAAGAUAAAACAUGAUAAGUCAGAGAAAGACAAACUAGAUCUCAGUGAAUGUACAGAUAAAGUAAAAGACAAGAUGUAUGCACAUCACACAGAGAAAUGGCAUCGAGAAGGUGAGAAGAUUAAAAAUAUUAGUACCUUUAAAAAAACCGAUGACAGAAGGAAAAGUAGAGAAAAGAUGGAUAGAAAACAUGACAAAGAAAAACCUGAAAAAGAGAGGCAUCAUGUUGAAAAGAGAGAAAAACACUUGAUGGAGAAGAAAAAUAAACAGUCAGAUAAUAGUGAAUAUAUUAAAUCAGAAAAAGGCAAGAAUAAAGAAAAAGAAAGGGAGGUAGAUAAAAGAGAAAAAUCUAGAGAUAAAGAAAGUACAAAUAGCACUAACUCUAAACAUUCACAGGAAGAUAAAAAGUCUAGUAUAGCAGAUAGCAGUAAAGCACAACAUGAAAAAUCCUUAUCCCUUAAAGAAAAAGCGAAAGACGAACCUUUGAAAACUCCAGAUGGAAAAGAAAAAGAUAAAAAGGAUAAAGAUAUAGACAGAUACAAAGAACGAGACAAACAUAAGGAUAAAACUCAGCUAAAUAGUUUACUCAGGCUAAAAUCUGAAGCAUCUAAGUCAAAACCUAAGUCAUUAUCAGCGUCAAAAGAUUCUCGACCUAAAGAAAAAAGGUUAGUCAAUGAUGAUUUAAUGCAAACAAGUUUUGAAAGAAUGCUAAGCCUUAAAGAUUUAGAAAUAGAACAGUGGCACAAAAAACAUAAGGAAAAAAUUAAACAAAAAGAGAAGGAACGGUUGAGAAAUCGUAACUUCUUAGAACUUAAAGAAAAAACAAAGCAUGCCCUAGUUGAAUCCAAAAAUAAAGAACUUAGUAGGUCAAAGAGUUCAGAGCUCACUGAUGCUUAUUCCAAAGAGAAACCAUCUAAAGAUGGUAUAAGUAACCGAUCACAAUCUCUCGACACAAGAAAUGUCAUGAAUUUAGGGAAAUCUUUCUUUGUUUCAGAUACUAAUUUAAACAGGUCUCCUAGAUCAGAAAGUGAGAAGCCAGUUCUUAGCUCUAGAUCUGUAUCUAUGAUUUCAGUUGCUAGCUCAGAAGAUUCUUGCCAUACUACAGUGACAACCCCAAGACCUGUGGUUGAGUAUGAUUCUGACUUUAUGUUAGAGGGUUCAGAUUCCCAAAUGUCAUUUUCCCAGUCACCUUUUGUGCCAAUUGUCAAAUCUCCAGCCCUUCAUGAAAGGGAGUUAGAUAGCCUGCCCGAAUUGCCAGAUCGGUUUAAACCAGCAUACACAAACAGAUUUCCAGUGUCCCAUCUCAGAUCAUCUUCUGUAGGAGAAGACAUUAGAGUAAUCAUAAAUGAGAGUAGACUUGCUGUAGAAGUUCAUAGGUCUAGUGCCCCUUCUAUCAUUUGUGAAUAUGCAAAGCAAUUCCAAACAGUAUCAGAAGAAAGUACUCAAGAUACUUUAUUAGUUUUGCCAAGAGAUACUUGUCCUUCUCCCAAACCUGACAUGACUUCAAAUGUGCCUGAAAGAGGCCUUUCAAAUACAGCUAGCAUACAUUCCAGUUUUGCAGUCUCUCCAACUAGAGCUAUAAAUAGCAAAUAUCUUUCAGCUGAUACAAAGGUUAUCAAAAGCACUUCUUCAAUAAGCACUUUAAGAGAAAGUCUUGUGCUUAUAGAGCCAUCUAAUCAGAUUGGUGUGAUCCAGAAUAAAUCAUGUGAGGUAUCUGCUGACAGGCUGGAGUCAUUAGGCACCAGUGACUUUACCUGCCCAAAUUCUACUACACCUGAUCAAGAGUCCUCCUCUCAGGAUUUCUAUAAUUCUGAAAACAAAAUUUUGAAAGAACAGAAUACAAACUUUGCAUCCUUGCACCAAAGUGAACUGCCAGGAAAUUCUGGUGUUCCAAAUCCAGCAUCCUUUAUACUUUCACAACCAACUGACUCUUUCUUCAGCCAAUCCCCUACAGAGGUUAAUUUUAUUUGUAAACACGCAUCUUUGUCGUAUGUUGCCAAUCAAGAAUCAGAUACUUCACAACAGAAAAAUUCAGUUCAAAUUACCAGUUCUGUUGUCGAUACUCAAAACAAAUCAAUCAAAAAUAUGGAAAAUACUUAUGUCCCAGCUGAUAUACCAGUGACAGAUACCUUUGUCUCAGUAUACUCUGAAACCACCAUUCAAGAAAUAUCACCAGCUUUUGAAAAGAGUAAUACUUUACUGAUGUUACCAACAGAAAAGGACUUUAAUGAAAAUGAUGAGUCUUCCAAACUGAAUAUGUAUUAUGCAUGCAGUAAACCAGUUAAAAAGUCUUCCAGUAUCCUUGAGGUUGAAAACAGCACAAGUGGCAUACCGGUUAUUUCACCUGAAAAAGGAAACAAACUGGAGAAUUUCAUUUUAACUCACUUGAAUAAUAAUUUUGACUCUGAUGUAUGCAAAAUGGAUGCAAGGAUGCCAAAAGAAAGCCUUCAUGAACCUGAUAAUCCAAAGCAUUGUACUGAAAGUGAACAGUGUUUGCUUUCCAUCGAAGAUGAAGAAUCUGAACAAAGCAUCUUAUCAAAUCUUGACAAUCAUUCACAACAGUCAGUUUCACCAGAAAUCCAUAAAUAUGGUCAAUUUGUUAAAGAAGAAAUAGAAGAAAAUGCGGAAGAUGAUAAAACUGAAAACCAGAUUCCUCAAAGGAUGACUAGAAACAGAACAAAUACAGUGGCAACCCAAAGCAAACAGUUCCUCGCUGGCUGCACACUGUUGUCAGAAAAAGACAAUGAGUCUUUGUCUCCCAGAGGAAGAAUAAGACUCACCGAAGAAGAUGAUCCUCAGAUUCACCAUCCACGGAAAAGGAAAGUGUCUCGUGUACCUCAGCCUGUUCAAGCAAGUCCGUUUUUACUGCAAGCAAAAGAAAAAACUCAGCAAUCUCUGGCAGCCCUCGUAGAUUCUCUGAAACUAGAUGAGAUUCAGCCAUAUAGUUCAGAACGAGCAAAUCCAUAUUUUGAGUACUUACACAUAAGGAAAAAAAUUGAAGAAAAGCGUAAAUUAUUGUGUAGUGUUAUUCCACAAGCACCUCAGUAUUACGAUGAAUAUGUGACAUUUAAUGGAUCUUAUCUCCUGGAUGGCAAUCCCUUAAGCAAGAUUUGUAUUCCCACAAUUACACCACCACCAUCACUGUCAGAUCCUCUUAAAGAGCUUUUCCGGCAACAGGAAGUUGUAAGAAUGAAACUACGUUUGCAGCACAGUAUUGAACGAGAAAAACUCAUCGUAUCCAAUGAGCAGGAAGUUCUCAGAGUACAUUACAGAGCUGCAAGAACCCUGGCCAAUCAAACACUGCCAUUUAGUGCUUGUACUGUCUUGCUGGAUGCAGAAGUAUACAAUGUUCCACUCGACUCUCAGUCUGAUGACAGUAAAAUUUCUGUGAGGGAUCGCUUUAAUGCAAGGCAGUUCAUGUCUUGGUUACAAGAUGUGGAUGAUAAAUUUGACAAAUUAAAGACCUGUCUUUUAAUGAGACAACAACAUGAAGCUGCUGCCUUAAAUGCUGUCCAGAGAUUAGAAUGGCAACUCAAACUCCAGGAACUUGAUCCUGCUACCUACAAAUCUAUCAGCAUCUAUGAAAUCCAGGAGUUCUAUGUUCCCCUUGUGGAUGUUAAUGAUGACUUUGAAUUGACUCCUAUCUAA